AUGGCUGAUAAGGAAGGUGGUGUGGUUCGGAAUUUUAGACAGAUGUUGGGACUUGUGGAGGCACUGGAUCUCUGUCUAUCGGAUGUGAAAUUUGUUGAACCUAAAUUUACCUGGCAUGGCAUCAGGAGUGGACAUUUGAUUAAGAUAAGAUUGGAUAGGUUUAUGGCAUGCCAACGGUGGAAAGACUUUUUUGGGGCUUCUAGAGUGGUUCAUCUCAACCCCAGCACGUCAGACUAUUUACCCAUAUUACUUGAAAUCCGGGAGAUCAGGCAACGGCAAAGAAAACGGAAGAAAAGAUUCCGGUUUGAAGAAUUUUGGCUGAAAGAGGAGGAGUGUAAAAAAGUCGUGGAGUCUGGUUGGGAGAAGGCCGUAGGGUCAUAUCCGUUUUUAAAAAUUUGCAACAAGAUUGAUUUGACCAGGAAAGCACUUGAGAAAUGGAGUUCUAACCAGUUUGGGAGUCUGAAACGAAAUAUUGAAGACACAAGGGCUAAGUUAGCAGUGUUCUAUGAUAGCACGCAAUUUACGCCUCCUAUUGAACUCAAAUUUGAGUUGGAAGCCAAAUUGAAUAAUCUGUUACAACAAGAACUACUAUUUUGGAGGGAACGUGCUAAAGUAUUUUGGUUGCAAGAUGAUGAUGCUAAUGCCAAGUUCUUUCACCAACGAGCUUCAAACAGGAAGAAGAAAAAUUGCUUGCAUGGAUUGUUUGAUGAUUAUGGUGCAUAG